AUGGCGGAGUCCUCUGCAUCAAGACACCUGCCACCGCCCCAGCAGCAGCAGGUGCUCUUCGAGCUGUCCUGCAGCCUGUAUCUGAUUGGGUGCCUGGGGAACCUGCUCACCAUCCUGGCCAUCGUCUCAGACCCUCACCUCCACAGCCCCAUGUACCUCUUCCUCAGCAACUUGUCUCUUCUUGACACGUGCUUUACCUCCACGACCAUCCCCAAGAUGCUGCUGAACCACCUGUGUGGGCACACCACCAUCUCCUUCUUCUCAUGCCUGGCCCAGAUGUAUUCCUUCAUCGCCUUUGGGACAGCUGACAGCAUCCUUCCCUCGGCUAUGGCUUACGACCGCUACCUGGCCAUCUGCUGCCCGCUGUACUACAUGACAAUCAUGAGCAUCCUUCGAUGUGCCUUGCUGGUGGUGGUACUCUGGGUCUUGUCCAACCUCAUCUCCAUGGUCCACACUAUUCUGAUGACUCACUUGUCCUUUUGCACCGGUAGGAUCCCACACUUCUCCUGUGACCUCAAUGCCUUGAUCAAGCGCUCCUGCUCUGACAUGCAAGUCAACAAGAGGCUGGUGUUGGUCCUUGAGAGCUCAGGGGUUCUGUCACCUUUUGUGUGCAUCAUGGGCUCUUACACACUUAUUGCUGUGGCUGUGUGGGAGAGGGACAUGGCAGCCACCGUGAUGUACACAAUGGUGGCUCCCAUCCUGAACCCCUUUAUCUACAGCCUGCGGAACCCAGAUCUGAAGAGCACCCUCAGGAAACUUCUCAGCGGGAACCACUUUGCUAAGCCUCUUUGA